AUGGCCGUCACGGUGAAAAAAAAUUCAAAACUAACUGAUUUCUUUUCUUCACCUUCUACGAGCAAAUCAAAAUCAUUUUCACUUCCUAGAACACCUUUGUUUGAUUUGAAUCCACCUCCACCAAAGAAAAAGAAACUAUCAUUUGAUAUUAAAGACUCUAAACAGUUAACUUUGAAUGCGGGUCAGAAGACAAGUUCGCUUGAGCCUUGUGAGACUUGUGGGAUGAUCUAUAAGAGGUUCGAUGAUCGUGAAGUAGAAUAUCAUACCGACUAUCAUAACCGUUUCACAUCGCUGAAAUAUUUUCAUGUUAGCACAGCUAAAAUAGAGAAAUUAAGCAGAACUGUUUUUUGUAUUCGGCACUCCAUUGAUCAUACAUUUUUUCCGGUGGAAUAUGACUCCCCAAUUUUCAUUAAAAAAGUCAGUUCAAUAGUUGAGGAUGUUGUAAACAAAGAGUUAGGUUUUCCAAGAGAUAUUCCACUUUUUGGAGCAAAUAAUCGAUGUGUUGUUUGGAUUUGUGUAUCAAGAAAAGAACUCAAAUACUUUAUUUCAUGCGUCUUGGUCUCCGAAAUUUUAGACAAAGCACACUGGAAUGAUACACAUGAGAUUUUUCGUCAUCAACCUCUUUUUGGCAUUAAUAGGAUUUGGACCCACCCUCUUGCGCGAAAACAAGGAAUUGCUUCUGCAAUGAUAAGAAGUGCCAUGAGGUUUAAAAGUUGUGAAAGAUUCGCCAUAAGUGAACCUACUGAAGCGGGGAAGAAACUAGCCAGGAGCUUGAGCAGCGACAAAGUCCAUGAAAGAUAUUUAGUUUAUAUGGUUAGGAAGUAA